AGUGUACCUGAGUGUACCGCGAAGAAUAGUAGAAAACUUAGAUACGCGCGGAGGUUACUCCGAUUUUGACAGAUUUCGAUCAUGCCAAUUCGAAUAUUAAGUUGACAACAGUUUGACAGUUAAUCUGUAGUUAAGUUACCAUCAUAAUUUAAGUCCUGCGUAUGUACAGAUUACGAUUUUUGUUCUCAUUAUAGUUUAUUUUUUCUUGCAUCGUGUUUUGAGUUUUUUGUUAUCUUGUAUUCUUGUUUAACACAUUGCGGAAAUUAUUGUCUAACAAUAUGAAGCUCCAUACAGAUGUAUAUGACAAACUAUACUUAUACAUAACACCUGAAAAGUUCUAUGUAGAGCCUAUUGGGACGAAAGUAUUGCUUGUAGUUGAUCGAGUGAGUCAGCAAAUUUACACACAAGCUGGCACGGCUAGUCAGAUCCCAGCAAGUGCAAGUCGUAGGAAAAUAUGGGGUAUAAUAGGAACCAUACGGUUGUUAGCAUGCCGCUACAUUAUAGUGAUAACAGAUGCUACAGAAAUUGGAACCAUAGCUGGUCAUCAAAUCUAUAAAAUAGUUGCAACAGAAGUUAUACCUUAUACAAAAUCUUCAUUGCACCUCAGUGAAAAACAAGUGCAGAAUAAUGCUACAUACUUAGAAAUGAUUAAAUCUGUAUUGAACACACCUUAUUUUUACUUUAGUUACACGUAUGAUCUCAGUCAUACGAUGCAAAGACUUCAUAAUACUCCACCUGAGUUCUUACAGAUGCCACUUCACGAUAGGGCAGAUCUUAGAUUUAUAUGGAAUGCUUAUCUUCUCCAAGAUUUAACAUCAAGACCAGAACAAUACAAAUUUUGUCUGCCUAUUAUUCAUGGAUUUGUCUCAUUAAACACUAUUACUGUAACUGGGAGUACAACAUUUAAUUUGGGUAUUGUAUCCAAAAGAAGUGUGCACCGUGCAGGAACGAGACUGUUUUCACGUGGUAUAGAUUCUACUGGUAAUGUUUCUAACUAUGUAGAAACAGAGCAAUUGAUUGAAUUCAACGGACAUCGCAGUUCUUUUGUACAAACACGCGGUUCCAUUCCGUUGUUUUGGUAUCAGGCACCAAAUCUAAAGUAUAAACCAAAACCUCAGUUGAGCAUUCACGAAGAUCAUCAAACCGCUUGUGCUCGACAUUUUGAAGCUCAAAUAUUUCAUUAUGGAAAACAGAUUUUGAUAAAUUUAAUAGAUCAACGUGGUCCAGAAGCUGUUCUUGAAAAAGCAUACCGUAAUGUCGUACAACGAAUUAACAAUCAAAACGUACGGUAUGAAAGCUUCGACUUCCACGCUGAAUGUGGACGAAUGAGGUGGGAUCGACUGAAUGUUUUACUCGAUCGAUUAGCUCCCGAGUUAGAACAAAUGGGUUACUUUUUAUUGUUGGAAGAUGGAACGUUAUUAUCAGCGCAGGAUGGUGUUUUCCGCACGAAUUGCAUUGAUUGCCUUGAUAGAACUAACGUUGUUCAGAGUAUGAUAGCGAAGAGGGUCCUUAACGAUGCAUUAUUAAGAUUGGAAAUUCUUAGAAGAAUCGAAGAUCAUCCCAGUAUCGAGGAACAGUUCAAACGAAUUUGGGCUGAUAAUGCGGAUGUGAUAAGUAUUCAGUAUUCGGGUACUGGUGCACUGAAAACUGAUUUUACGCGAACAGGAAAACGUACCAAAUUAGGCGCUAUGAAAGAUGGUUUGAAUUCUUUAACAAGGUAUUACAAGAAUAAUUUUACCGAUGGUUACAGACAGGAUUCAAUAGACUUAUUUUUGGGCCGUUACAUUGUGCAAGAUGGGGAAUGUACAUCGGUUCAGUGUCCUUUGGAAUGCGAAAGAAAUUGGCGCUAUGCAACAUUCCCCUUGGUACUUCUGGUUGCAUCGUCCAUGUUAGUUGCUCAUAUUAUCUUACCUUCAAGAUAUACCACUGAAAUUUUGUUGUACAUGCUAUUUUGGGGUGCUAUGGUUGCUGGUACAUUUGCAACCAUCAUUCAUCAUGGCAAGCAGUAUGUGGAUAAACCUAAGUUACUUUAAGUGGUUCAUAAUUUUAGGUAGUACAUAUUGUACAAUACUUUUUAUUUAUACUGGGGGAGCAUUACAAAUUUCUUGUUAGUUUAACUAUCAAUAAUAUAUUCUCUUGUUAUUAGAUAUUAGAAUUUAUUGUAAAAAUUAUAAAACACUUUAGAUUUAUGAAUUCCAGCUUUGUAUAUGCAUUUUAAGUUCUAAACUUAUAGGUGUAACGUUACAUGAGAGGUAAGUGUAGUAAAAAUUGGGCAGAUAUGUUCUUAUUGAUGUACAUAGGUUAACACGGUAGUUGAUUCUUUUAAUUAAUUAUUAAAACCCUUAUAUUUUCUACAUAAGUAGAAUAAGAUACAAUUUGUAAGGGACGUCACUCGUUCACUACUUGUAAAGUAUUGUAAAGAGACCAGAUUUUGAUUUCAGGCAAUAUUCGUCCUUUUAAAGUCAGUCUGCAUUGUAGUGCUUUACAUGUACCGUCCAUAGAUGAUCUGCAAUUAUUAACUAUGCCCGACCAUUCGUUUGAAAUUUUAACAGUGCAGGUAUCUAACGGUACGUAAAAUCUACUUGCAAUGUAAACAAAGUAAUUAAUAAAUUAUUCAUAAUUUCUUUCGAUAAACAAUACAUCUUAGAAAAUACAAUCAUAACAAUUGUUUGCUAUACGACCUAGUCAGAGAAUGAAUCGCAUUCUAAGAUAUGCGAAAUAUUUAUUUAUCCUGACGUUUGAUAGCCAUAUAAUGUCGAACCAAAGUAAAUAAUGUUUUUAAGAUUUUAUCCUAUCUACCGUAAGCCUGUAAUGUUUAGAAGUUACAAUUUUGCAUAGUCACUUUAAUUGUAGUGAGAUAUCGGAGGAUGUUCUGUUGAAAGAGUAUUUUUAAACAUUUCAGAAGUAAUUUUCAUACUAAACUCGGUUAAUACGUUUUAAUCCAAAUGUUAAUAAAACUGUUUUCUCUAUAUUGCAAAUGAACGUUGCGUGUAAUAGUAUCGAGCACAAUAGGCUUUCCUAAGGAAAAUAGUGUUACAGGCAAAGUAGACAUUUUCAGAACCUUAAUUUUUAUGAUAUUAAUAUAAAAAGUGAUUUAGGGAAAGAAAUAACAUAAUUUUUAAUUAUUAAAUAUUAUAAAAUUUAGAAUAUAAUUGAAAAGUACGAGGCACAAAGUAAAUAUUAAUUCAAAUUUUCCCGCGUGAACGUUUAUACACAAGUGGUGGGGUGUUACAGGCCUAUAUAUACGGGGCCUUCUCCCACGCAUCGUCAUUCCCCUUGGGACCGCCUUUGGGGUAGGUUGGGGAGUUCGAGCAAUCUCCUAAGGUCGGGGACUUGGGAUCUAGGAACCUGAAGAAUUCUUCGAAGAGGGCCACGAUCACCAGAUUCCAUAACAUUUCUAUUUUCUAUAAGGAAGUCUGUCAUGCUCGAUACUGUAUUUAUUAAUUAUAAGCAAUAAACGUAUCAUACAUUUGGCAUAAUGCAAACUUAGUUAAUUAAACACGUUGUUCGUUUAUCUUUUUGGCGUAAUUAAAUUAGAUAAAUUUAU